AUGUGCGGUAUUUUCCUUUGCAUUUGCGAUCAGUCAAAUGCUGCCACCUCAAAAGAAAUUCUGAAAAAUGAAACCAUUCACUACUAUUUAUCUCGUCGUGGUCCUGAUUACUUUGAAAAGGUCAACUUGAGCCACCAGUUUGAAGAUCAAUCAGUGGCCUCCUUCACUUUGCUCAGUUCAGUGUUGCAGUUGCGCGGCUGCUAUGUCACCAACCAGCCGGUCACCAAUGAGGACACUGGCUCAGUUCUUCAGUGGAAUGGGCAAAUUUUUGCCCGGCUUGACCAAGAGCUGAACGCCGAGCAGUCGGACACUGAACAGCUGCUCGAAGCUCUGAACGGCGCUGAAGAUGUGGAGAAGCUGCUGGCCGUCAUUGGCUCCAUUCAGGGUCCGUGGGCUUUCACCUACUGGGACAAUCGUGCCAAGCGACUUUGGGUCGGCCGAGACAUUCUAGGUCGUCGAAGUCUGUGCUGGAACACUAAUUUUCGAGAUCAAAUACUGCUUUUCUCCUCCGUGGCUCAAAUCUACGUUCAGCCUGAAGCUCCACCAGCUAAGCCGCUAGGCGGCAAAAUCAACCCCGCCGAUUUGGUCUUUGAGGAGAUUCCCACAUUUGGCAUUUACUGCUUCGAGUUUGGCGCCCACCCCAACCUGGCUGAGGUGAUCAGCAAUGUUCGCCACUACGCCUGGAGCCGUUCCAUCUCGGGAAAACCAAUGGCCGCCAAAACCAGUCUGCCCGAAGAGCUGCAACUGCACUCGCCCAUCACAGUGCCUCUGAACUGUGCCCUGCCCGACGAGGCCACUGCCGCCAAACUGGCCUCUUCCGCCGCACUGGAGGGCACCUUGGAGAAACAGGCGUUUUCUACAAUUCCCUCCUCGGUGGCGGACCAGUUUGGGCAGGUGCUGGCCGACGCGGUGAAGGUGCGCACCGGAAAUCACCACGACGUCUGCCGAAAGUGCUUCGCCCGCUACGUCCGAAAGAGCGAACGGGUCGGUGAGAACAGCGGAUCGGAUCGGUCGUACUCUUCCGAAUCAGACGACGAGCUUCGCAGUGGAGUGCAGCCGCAGAAGGACCCAAAAAUAGGUGGCGGCGGCAGCAAGACCAUUAACGGCAUCACCUUCCGCGAGUGCUGCCACGCCUCGACGGCCAUCCUCUUCAGCGGCGGCAUCGACUCGACGGUGAUUGCCCUGCUCGCCGACGCCUCCGUGCCCGCCCACCUGCCCAUCGACCUGCUCAACGUUGCCUUCAACAACGACGCCCCCGACCGGGAGACCGGCCUGAGGGCCUGGGAGGAACUCCGCCAGCUGCGACCUUCGCGCAAAUGGAACUUCGUCUCCAUUCACAUCAGCAAAGAAGAGCUGGAGACGUACCGGGCGAAACACAUCCGCUACCUAGUGAAGCCGCUGCAGACCGUUCUCGACGACAGCAUCGGCUGCGCCAUCUGGUUCGCCACGCGCGGCAAGGGCCUGCUGAUGCAGGAGCCCGGCGAGAUUACCACCUUCACCGGACAGACGCGCGCCCGGGUGGUGCUGCUGGGCAUGGGCGCAGAUGAACAGCUGGCCGGAUACUCGCGACACCGAAAGGCAUUUGGAAGUGGCCGUGGCGGAAACGGAAAUGGCAAUGGCAACGGAAGCAACGGCAGCAACUGGGCGGCCCUGGUGGCCGAAAUCACCACCGAUGUGGAGCGCAUCUCGACGCGCAACCUCGGCCGAGACGACCGCAUCACCGCCGACCACGGCAUUGAGGCUCGCUUUCCCUUCCUCGACGAGUCCGUCAUCAACUUCCUCAACGGACUGCCCGUCUGGCAGAAGUGCAAUCUCCAUCUGGAUCGCAGCAGGGGCGAGAAGCUGCUGCUUCGCCUUCUCGCCAGUCGACUUGGCUUGCAGGCAACGUCUCAACACCUGAAACGGGCCAUUCAAUUUGGAUCUCGAAUUGCCAAAUUGGAGGAGCGCACUGACAAGGGUGAUAAAGUUUGCUCGCGUUUGUCAUGCUAA